AUGGCGAUGCACCGUCAUCAGUCCUCUCUUGAGGGCUUGUGGCAUUAUGACCCCGAACAGACCGUUCGGAAGGGCUAUAAGCCUGCUGCGCUUAUACAGGCUACCCUCCAAUACGUUGCGUCUCCAGAUACUUUCUUGACUUUCUUCCUCUCUUACAUCUAUGAGGCCCUCUUCUCAAACGAACAAUACGCGGUUGAUUUCUAUAUUAAUCACACUAUAUCCUACCUCGAUGGGUUUGCCUCUUCGGAUUCUGAACGAAUACAGAAUCUCAACGAAGCUCUAGAAAAGUUCGCUGAAUACAUUGUUGAUAACUUCCUUCUUCCCCUCAGAGCCUCUUCUGUCAAGACACCACAACCGACACCCACCUUAUUAUCAUCCCUACAGAGCUCUACCCCGACUGGUACAAGCCAGCGUAUAUCUGUCCUACGACAGAGCUGUCUCGUGCGUGAUCGCCACCGUUGUGUUAUUUCUUCGAAAUUCGAUCGAGCAUCGACUAGGAAACGUUUCGCAGAAAAUGGGGAAUCUUAUGAAGACGAUGACGGGAAGCUGCUGAAGGAUCAGUCCAAGGUUGCCCAUAUUCUGCCCCACUGUCUGACGACAGUAGCUUCAGGAGACACGGAUUUGAGCGACUUGAAGAAAAAUGUUCUUCGGAUCUUGGAUAUGUUCGAUCCUGGCAUUGGCCAUUUAAUUAAUGGUCUAAAAAUUGACAGCCCCUUAAACGCCCUCACAUUAACGUUGGAUUACCACCGGAUUGACUUGAUAGAGCAGCGCCCUUUUCUACGUGACCCUUUAUUCCCCGUCACUCGCUCAUUAACCCUUAGCCCUCAUCGCACAAUAGAUCUGCUAUCCGCCCGGCUUCUUGAUGUCCACCGUGCUAUUGCGCAUAUCAUAAAUAUGAGCGGCGCAGGCGAAUAUAUCGAUAAGGUCCUUUGGGAUAUGGAGGAAUUAGAUGUCAGAGAAGAUGGAUUAACGCGUUUGGGAUAUCUUGCGGGUCUACGACUUAAUGGGUGGUUUACAACCCUAUCUGUGUAUUAA